AUGUCAACUUCUAAGGGAACUCCAUAUCCACCACAUCCACACCAAAAAUCAUCGUGUUGGCCCUCCGCACCAGGUGUUUACGUCAACGUUGAAUUUAAGGUUUCGAUGUCUGAAAAUGAUAAGGGACACGGUGCAUCACUGAGAUAUACAGCCAGAAAUAUGAAGGAGAGGGAGAGAGCGAGAGCAAAUACUCAUUUGGGUGGCAGACCCAUACCAUCGAUAUUAACUCCGGGUUACCCUCAACCUAAUCAUCCAUGUCGUCAUCAACAAAGACCACAGCAGCAACAAGAAAGAGACCGAGGCUUGAGUAUCGGGUUAGAAACACCAGAGAGGGGUAGAUCUGCACCGCCGACUAUGAAUGAUAGAAGACAACCGGUUAGUCCAGUUAGUCCCGUCAGCCCUAUGAGUGCUAUCGACAGUCCAAUUCAACAACGGAUGGUGAAUCUCCCCCGACAAAACAUUAUGGAUCGACUAGACCAACCUUUACCCUCAACACCAGGAAGAUUUCGUCUGGGUGAAGAUGACUUACCAUGGUCAACACCACCAUCAUACUGGAACGCCAAACCCAACACAUCAGAAAGCGUGGGUCCAACACGAAUAAGUAUUGAAACCCCUCACUCAUCCCAAACACCAACAAACGCAACCCCUACCAAACGAACCGAAGAUCCCCAAAGAGUUCGAGAAUUAUCUGAACUUCAACAGGCGAUGAUGACGGUAGAUAGUAUCAGUAAUGACGUAUGGGAUCCGUGGAUGUGGGAAAGUGUAGGAGAAAUGCCGCGAGGACCACGAAGUAUUGGAUGGGCUGUAAGUUCAAAUGAUGCGAUUGAUUCGCCGGGUUCGGCGUCUCCGAAAAUUCCUCCGCCGCCCCCGUAUGUGGUUAGUCAGUGGGAACAUGCUUGUGGGAGGAGAAUAGCAAAUGGGAGACCGAGGAGUACAGGUUGA